AUGAGUCGAAAACUGCAAGUGGAUGCAGUCAACGUCCUCACAUGGGUGAGGAAACAUCAGUUCGUUUUUGGGACAGACAUCGUGAAGAUGUUUCGCCAAAUUCGGGUUCAUCAAGACGAUUGGGAUCUGCAACAAAUUUUGUGGCUCAACGAAGACCAUGAAGAGAUCACCUAUCAACUGACCACACUCACCUAUGGGCUCAACUGUUCACCAUGGAUAUCACUAAGAGUCCUUCAACAACUGGUGGAGGAUGAAGGUCACCGCUUCCCAGCAGCAGUAGAGACACUCAGAAACGGUCGCUACGUAGACGAUAUCUACGGCGGUGCCGACUCCAUCGAUCAACUAAAAGAAAUCGCUACUCAACUACAAGGACUUUGCGAAGCCGGUGGCUUCCCACUCCAGAAAUGGAGCAGCAACUCACCAGAAGCUCUUCAACAAUUAGGCCUCUCCCCACAGAACUCAACAGUGCAUUUCGAAGAAGCAAUCACCAAGGUCUUAGGUCUUUGCUGGCAGCAAUCAACCGAUACAUUCAAAUACAAGGCCAAGAACUUCACCUCAAAGACGUUCACCAAGAGAUCAGUGCUAUCAGAGAUCGCCCAAAUCUUUGAUCCACUGGGAUUCAUCGCUCCAGUUGUCAUCCUUGGCAAAAUCUUCAUCCAAAGUCUAUGGAGAUUGAAACUUAAAUGGGAUGAUCCCUUGCCGACGGAUUACGUACGACAAAGGAGGAAAUUUCGAGCGGAAAUCAACGAGCUAGAUAAGAUCUCAAUCCCGAGAUGGGUCAGACUGUCAACAGAAUCGAUCAACAUACAACUCCACGGGUUCGCCGAUGCAUCCAAAUCGGCAAUGAGCGCAGUAGUCUACAUCAGAUCAAAGAAACUCAACGAACCGACCUCAACAAUCAUCGUAUGUGCAAAAACGAGGGUGGCACCACUCAAGGAAAUGACCAUCCCUCGCCUCGAACUCACCGCUGCACUACUGCUCACCCGCCUUGCAAAGACAACUCACCAAAUGCUAGAACUCAACAACGUGGAAACUCACCUCUGGUCAGACUCAUCUGUUGCUCUGGCGUGGAUAACCAGUCAUCCCUCACGCUGGAAGGAAUUUGUCCACAACAGAGUAGCAGAAAUCCAAGAGACAUUGCCAGAAGCAACAUGGAGGCACAUCAGUGGAAAGGAAAAUCCAGCAGAUUGUGCCUCAAGGGGGAUCUCAACAAAUCAACUCAUCGAACAUCCACUCUGGUGGUCAGGACCUGACUGGCUUAAUCUAGAGCCAGACCAGUGGCCACAAUCAACAAUAGACGUCCCUGCAGAGGUCUCAAUGGAAGCGAAACCCUCACCAGCUCAUCCAGUCGCAGCUGAGGUCAACGUCAACGCACUAGCAGAGUUGCUAGACAGAUACUCAACACUAUCAAAAGUGCUGCAAGUGUCAGCGACCAUCAGCAGGGCAAUGAAUAGGUUCAGAAGGCAACCAACACCUCAGACACCAGUCCUCACACCUGACGAACUCAACAAGGCUCGGCUAUUCUGGGUAAGACUAACACAAAAACAAUUCUUUGCUUCAGCAAUAAGGACCCUCAGGAGAGACCAUCAACUGCCAACGGGACAUCAACUAGCCAAGAUGACUCCAUUCCUAGACGAGCUAGGAAUCAUGAGAGUCGGAGGACGACUCAGAAACGCUCAACUAGACGCUGACGAGAUGCACCCCAUCAUACUGCCUCGCCAGUCGCGACUCACCACACUGGUCAUCAACGAAGCUCACCAACGAGCACUCCACGGAGGAACUCAACUCACGUUGGCAAUCACCCGCCAAAAAUACUGGAUAAUUGGCGACAGUGGCACAGUUCGAUCCCACAUCCUACACUGUGUCAUCUGUACCAGAUAUCGGGCUCAACGAGCCCAACAGCUGAUGGGACAACUUCCCACAGCAAGAGUAUCACCAUCAAGAGCAUUCCUCCACACAGGGGUGGAUUAUGCUGGUCCAAUGCCCAUACUUAAGUGGAGACCAACAAAUGCUCAACCAGCUGCGGUGCACAUCGCAGUCUUCGUCUGCCUGAGCACAUCAGCAGUGCACCUGGAGCUGGUCACGCGUCAAAGCACAGACGCAUUCAUCGCAGCAUUCAAGAGAUUCACCGGGAGAAGAGGAAUCCCCCAAGUGAUGUAUCGUGACAACGGAAGCAACUUUGAAGGAGCUGCUGGAGUCCUACAUCGAUUAUACAACGAGGAAUCAUCAGAGAAUCAACAAAUCCAAGCUGCACUUGCCACAAAUGGAACUCGCCGGAGCUUCAUCCCACCACGAGCACCCCAUUUUGGUGGCAAAUGGGAAGCAGCGGUGAAAUCAACGAAACAUCACCUGAAACGUACGCUGAGAACAACGACACUCACCUAUGAAGAGCUCAACACCAUCUUGAUCCAGAUCAAGGCCUGCCUAAACUCCAGGCCGAUCUCACCAAUGUCUGAUGACCCAGACGACGCUCACCCCAGGACACUUCCUGAUAGAUGGUCAAAAGAAUGUCUUCAACGAUACCUGGCCAUCUACAAGUGGAAUCAACGCCAGGAAAAUAUCAAGGUUGGAGACAUGGUGCUAGUGGUGAACGAAAACUUUCCACCAGCAAGGUGGCCACUAGCACGAGUCACCGCAGUUCACCCGGGAGACGACGGACUCACCAGAGUGGCGACUGUCAAGACAGCCUACUCAGAAGUAGCCAGGCACGCGGACGGUACGCCUAAUCCAGAGAGGUACCAAACACGAAACAACUACAAGAAGAUCAACAAGAACUUCAAGAGGACUCCCAGGAAUCACAGGACUGAGAGAUAUCAUCAAACAAGAUCUCAACCCACCAGAAAUCAACUCAGAAGCUCAACAGUCAAUCAACAGAAUAAAUUCACCACCUCCGAUGGUGAAUUGCCCCCGGGAUGUUUAGAAUUAAGAUAA